GUUAUGUUUGAAAUGUUAAGCGCAUUGAAAAACAACACAAACCGUAAACACAAACACAUUUGGCGUUCAAAUAAAAAUAUAUGCAAACAAUUUGUGUAAUAAUUAAAUACAUUUAUUAAUUGUUACCACUUUUGCGAAGAAUGUGAUUAUAAAACACGUUAUAAUCGCAACACAAGUAAUCACACGAAUGGACGACACAAACGAUUACACGUUUAAAGUGUUGUGUUUUAGGAAAAUACAGAUCAAAGUUGUGGCGCUUCUCAUACGUGACCCGCGAGUGGACACGAGUGGAGCUGAGAGGACAGGCGCCCGACGAGUUGGCCUCGCAUUGCGCGGACAACAUCACUGGUGGUCGGGUCGGCCGCUGUUCAAAGAGUUGUGGCGCUUCUCAUACGUGACCCGCGAGUGGACACGAGUGGAGCUGAGAGGACAGGCGCCCGACGAGUUGGCCUCGCAUUGCGCGGCACUCGUCGACACGCGAUAUCUGUUUGUCUUCGGCGGCACUGGCUUUCCGUUCGGCGAGUCGUCCAGCAAUCGCCUGUCGGUCUGCAACCUGUCUUCGGGUGAGUGGAAGUGUGUGACCAAUAGUGACGAUACGGACGCCCCGAUCGAGCAGUACGGCCAGGCGUUGGCCGUCGACCCCAACGGUGACAGUAUAUACGUGUGCGGCGGCACAACCGGUUGGCUUUACAGUAUGUCUGUCCAUCGCUUUGAUCUGCGGUCUCAUCGGUGGCACAGUCUCUACUCACGGGGCGCCUACUUCGACAACGACUUUCCCGAACCUCGCUAUCGACACGAGAUUGUUGUCCACGAGAAUCGGCUGUAUGUGAUCGGCGGCGGCACUUCUUACAAAUGCUAUAAACUAUCGAAGAUCCCAGUGUUUGACGUGGAAUCGCGCCAAUGGCUGGCUAUGGAGACGAAGAACGAUCUGAAUGUGAUGGCGAACGGCGUGGACGGGUAUCCGACGCGUCGCCGGUGUCACGACUGUGUCCGCGCCGACGAGCACACGGUGUACGUCAUCGGCGGCACCAAUAAUGUGGUCAUUUUUGACGACGUGUGGCGACUCGACCUGCGGUUAAUGCAAUGGACACUUGUGCCCACACGACUGCCCCGCGCCGUAUACUUCCACUCGGCGUCGGUGUCGUCCACUGGCCGGCUGUCUGUGUUCGGCGGUGUUGUGUUGUGGUUAGUGUUGCUCGCGUCAUUGCUCAACAUGUGGCGCACCGAAUUCUAUGGCCGCGAGUGCCUUUACCGCAACCUUCGCCAAGAAGUAAUGCAAGUGGCGGCGGCUGUUGUCUGUGGGCUGCCUGACCUCAAGUCAGUCGACGAGAUACUGAUUGGUCUACAAAUACCUCCAAACAUCAGACAAACAUACCUUUAG